CAUGAAUGUAUUUCCAAAAAGUAAACUAAAGUUUUAAUAGAGCUUGAUUUAUGUAGAGCGACUAUUGUGUUUUAUAGGAAUAUAUAUCAUGUAUCAUUGAGAGUAAUUUGGAACGUUGAUAGGUCAAUUGUCAAUAUGACGAGCAUGAUCUUAUAUACAGGUCUGGCACUUUUGACGCGUUUCACAUCUCCCAAACAUAACCCUAAUGACUCUGAAAGUUUCCACUUUUGGCCGCUGCAUGAAAAAACCGGGUGAGUGCGCAUGCGUACAAGCGGGCUCCUCCGAUACUAGCGCCUCAUAUUCCGAACUACAAUCUGGAAUCCCAAACGGCACCAAACAAUGAUCAACCGGUACUUCCAUUUUCGCUGAGUACCCAGACUUGUAUAUAAGAUCAUGAUGACGAGUUCCGUGAGCACGAAUCCAUCCACGUUAUUGCCUCUGGAAUUGGUGGAUAAAUGCAUUGGUUCCCGAAUACAUAUCAUUAUGAAAAAUGACAAGGAGAUUGUUGGCACUUUACAAGGCUUUGAUGAUUUUGUAAAUAUGUUAUUGGAGGAUGUGACAGAAAGCGAAGCAACUCCUGAAGGACGUAGAGUUACAAAACUGGAUUUGAUUUUACUUAAUGGAAACAACAUUACAAUGUUAGUACCAGGAGGAGAAAUGCCAGAAACAUAGAAUACUGUGUAUUACUUGUACUUUCCACAAUUCAGAUGUAUACAUUUAUCUAAUAAUAAUCUCACCUUUUCUAAUUGUAA